AUGCACCAGGAGGCAAAAUCUGUGUGGUUGGAAUUCGAAGCUUACCAAAGAGUCUUCCGGCUGCGACUGCAGAGGGACGCAAGCAUUUUGGCAAGAGGCUUUGAGCUCAUCACGAAGGGGACCUCAAGGCCGGUGGAUGUCUCCUACCUUUACUCUGGUGACCUGGAAGGGCAGCCAGGUUCCUUUUGCCAUGGAUCCAUCCUGAGUGGUCUUUUCGAAGGAUUUAUCCAGACACCAAAUGGCACCUAUUACAUCGAAUCUGCCGGGAGACUCCCCACCAAUGCUGCCCCUCCAGGCCAUUCCUUCAUCCACCAUGAGAGCGAUUUAGACUACAGACUUUGGCGAGACCUCGAAUCGGCGUCUCUGGCUCGGGAAACGCACGAGCGUCUUCAGGAUUUCCAGCAGGACCUCACAACGAAGUUGGGCAACGCCCCACGCCAUAAAAGAAGCCUAGAUUAUGCCAAGCAAUCUUGUCUGCUCCACUUAAAAGCCGAUUAUCUUUUCUACCAGAGGUUCGGCUCUGUGGAAGCUGUCAUUGCCCAGAUUGCCAGCUAUGUAAAAGCGGUGAAUGCCAUCUACGAAGGAGUGGAAUUUGAUGGAAUUGGGAUGAUAGACUUCAAAGUAAAGACAGUUACAGUCAUUGAAGAAGAUGACCAGGCGGCCCCACCCUUCAUCGGGCCCGAAAUGCUCCUGAUGCUUCAUUCCAGGUCCAACUGGAACAGAUACUGCCUGUCUUUCCUCUUGACAGACAGAGACUACAGCGGCGUCUUAGGGAUUGCGUUUAAUGGACAACCUGGUGACUCAGGCGGGAUUUGCUCCAAGCAUCGGGUCUUCCAGGGCCAAGAGGCAUCCUUGAACACGGGUCUGAUCACGCUGCAGAAAUAUGGGCAGCUCCUGCCGCCGAGAUUGGUUCACAUCACACUGGCGCAUGAGCUUGGGCACAGCCUGGGGGCUGAGCACGAUGAAAGCAAAGCAUGUUCCCAUUUCGCCCUCGACACCUCCGACGGGAAGUACCUGAUGUUCGGCUACGCCACGGAUGGCGGCCAGUUCAAUAAUGACAAAUUCUCACCGUGCAGCCGGGCCUACAUUGCCGAGAUCCUGAGGCAAAAGAAAGACCUUUGUUUUGCUGAGACCGACCGCCCCAUCUGUGGGAAUCGGAUCGUGGACGCGGGAGAGGAGUGCGAUGUCGGGAACCAAGGUGCGGAUCCCUGUUGCUACGGCGCCGCGGAGCCCAGUGGGAUCCGGUGCCGGCUGAAGCCAGGAGCUCUUUGCAGCCCCAGCCAGGGAGUUUGCUGCACUCACGCAUGCGUCCCCAAACCCCGGGGCCACGUUUGCCAAGAGGAGACCGACUGCGCUUCAGAAAGCAUCUGCUCCGGCUUGGAGGCCGAAUGCCCGGCACCCCUGCCAAAAGCCAACCUCACCCUCUGUGGGAUGGGGUCCCGGGUGUGUUUGGACGGGCUCUGCGCGGGCUCCCUCUGCAUCCGGCACGGAUUGGAGCCGUGCGAUGGGGCCUCGGCUUCCCCGCACAAGAGAUGCCAGCUUUAUUGCCGUCAACCAGGACGGGCCGAAACCUGCACCGGUGCAGGUUCUCCCGCCUGGGGGCAAUUCUUCAACGGCUCGGACAUCCCGCUCAUCCCCGGCUCCCCGUGCGGCGACAAGACCGGCUACUGUGACCAUUUCCACAUCUGCCGGUUCGUGGACGAAGACGGGCCUAUUGCCCGCGUGAAAAAUUUCAUCUUGGACCUCAUUGAGAUGGAAGACGUCGCCACGUGGAUGAAGACACAUUGGUGGGCUGUGCUUCUAAUGGUUUUGACCUUAGCAGCCAUGAUGGCUGGGACCAUCCUUCUUUUCGGACGGACAGUCGAUACCCAAACAGAGGAAAAGGCCAUGAGGGAGUCCAAGAAAAAAGGAACUUCCGAGCAACAACCUGCACAGCCACCCCACUUUUUCUACUGGGAACGCGAGGAGAUUUACAUCCAAACGAUGCAUGAGGAAUACGAGACCAUCAUCUAGAGCUGGACACACCUGUAAGGGGCGGAAAAAACUUUUCGCAGCCCAAAAAGAAGCAUAGCAGCACCCCCUGUAAGGUUGACACACUGGGACAUUGUGACACGAGAAGCUGAAAAGCAUUCUUUUGCAUUUCAACCAACGUGUUCUGUACAGUCGUUUUCCCUAAAGCACCACAGAAAACAAACCCAAUAAAUUUAUUCUCCUUUACCUCUGGGAUAGUUUGGUUUUUUUCAUUUUUCCCCUCCUUCAACAUAAAAUCUGGGGCAAAUUUUGCCACCAUCAAUGUGUCCCCACUGUGGAGGGAGAUGAUGGCAUUAGCACCGUGGUCAGAAAAGGCAAGAAAUUCACAAGAACGUCAUCGGCUUGGUCUUAAAUGCAAUCCUCCUGCUCUUCUGGACUCCUCCAUUCCAGGCAUUCGGCCUGACAGACGCCCUUUGACCGCGACCCAAAUGUGGCUCGCCUGGAGAAAAAGGCCUGAAAGGGAAGGCUUGCAUGUCUUAGCUUCCUGUUCAAACAGGAAGUUGCUCCAAAGCAUGCUGGAGAGUCUUCGUUUUCUAGUAGGUAGCAUUCAGCUUCUCUAAGGCCAUGUGGCCUGCCAGCUAGGCCUUUCCGCCAGGCGAGCCACAUUUUGGGA